GGAGCCUGUGGGCCGUGUGAUCGGUGGGGUCACCAACUUGUGGGGCCUGGUGAAUGUUAUCUUGUGCUUGUGUUUGGCAUUGACGGUGGUGAUUACGAAGAUGGCUGAGGCUUGGAGAUCUUCCCAUGGACCUGACUACACCCUAUUGCCCCCGGUGAACAUCAAGGUCUCUGCCUUGGCCAUCUUUGGAGUCUUGGGCGUACCCGUUGCGGCGACAUAUAGUAUCCCUUUUGCUUUGGCAUCAAUCUAUUGCUCGACAACUCGUGGAGGUCAAGGGCUCUCCCUGGGAGUGCUAAACUUGUCCAUUGUUAUUCCACAGAUGUUUGUUUCGGUAAUCAGUGAGCCGCUGGAUGACGCAUUUGGUGGUGGUAACUUGCCAGCCUUCGUGUUAGGUUCGAUUGCAGCUGCGUUGAGUGCAUUCAUGGCGAUUUUUUUGCUUCCAAAGCCUCCCAACCAAGCUUCUAUUGCUCCUGGAAUGGGUGGUGGGUACUGAGCCAAAGGCUUUCUUCUACUUUGCUUAACUACCUUGCUUUUGCCUUUUGUCUUUAACCACCAUGGUCUUUAAUCUUCUUUUCCUCCUCUUUUACUUUGGCCUUCAUAAGGGUUGAAUGCACUUCUAUGAAUUCUCUUUCAUAUUCUCUAUGCUGGAGUUUGCCAUACAUGUAUGCAUAUAUAUGGUAUUUAUUUUAUUGAUGCAUAUGAGCAAUAACUUAUUCCAGGCUUC